AUGUGGAUCAUCAACUGGUUCUACGAUGUGCUGGCCUCCCUUGGCUUGCUCAACAAGCACGCCAAGCUCCUCUUCCUCGGUUUGGACAAUGCCGGAAAGACGACCCUUUUGCACAUGUUGAAGAAUGACCGUGUCGCGACGCUCCAGCCCACGGCGCAUCCGACAUCGGAGGAGCUGGCCAUCGGCAACAACCGGUUCACGACUUUUGAUCUGGGCGGUCAUCAGCAGGCCCGUCGUCUGUGGAAGGAUUACUUCCCCGAAGUCAGCGGCAUCGUCUUCCUCGUCGACGCCAAGGACCAUGAGCGCUUCCCCGAGUCCAAGGCCGAGCUCGACGCCCUCCUCGCCAUGGAGGAACUCUCCAAGGUUCCCUUCCUCAUCCUCGGCAACAAGAUCGACCACCCCGACGCCGUCAGCGAGGACGAGCUCAGACACCAGCUGGGUCUGUACCAGACCACGGGUAAGGGCAAGGUGCCUCUGGAGGGAAUCCGGCCCAUCGAGGUGUUCAUGUGCAGUGUUGUGAUGAGACAGGGAUACGGUGAAGGUAUCAGGUGGCUGUCUCAAUAUGUCUAA